AUGCGAGAGAGCACCGGGGCACUGAAGGCUUGGCUGGCACGACACCCCAGGAACCCCUAUCCCAGCAAGGGGGAGAAGGUGAUGCUGGCUGUGGUCAGCCGAAUGAGCCUCACCCAGGUCUCCACCUGGUUUGCCAAUGCCCGCCGGCGCCUCAAGAAGGAGAAAAAGGCGAGCUGGGCCACACACAGCGCCUCAGAUGGCGAGGACAGCGAGGGCGAGGGGGUCCCAUCGGGUGCCGUCCCCAUUCCCAGUUCCAGCCCCGUGCAGGAUGGGUGCAGGGACAGCCCCGAGGUGAGGACAGGCCCUGGGGAGGACAAGCAGUCCCAGAAACCCAAGAUCUGGAGUGUGGCAGAGAUGCUGGAAUCUCCCCCCAGCAAGAACGGGUGUCCCCCGGGGGUGCCAGUGGUGCUGGAGCAGGUAUAG